UGACGCAUCCCUGGCGGAAGUAUUGUUGCCGCGUUCUUCUUCUGUGGUAAACACGUGCGGACUGGGAGCCUCGGAGACGUAAACAUGGUAGGGAAGAUUAAACGCGUCCGGCAGAAGCUCCACCAGGACGCGGUGCGGCUGCUGAGCCCGGACAGCCUCUCUGGGAGCGGGCCGGAGCCUCCGGGGCUGCCCGUUGGAGCCCCGGGGGCCGGCGGUCAGGCUCCGGGAGGCGGCGGAGAGGCUCCGGGGGGCGGCGGAGGGGCUCCGGGGGGCGGCGGAGCUCCGAGCAAGGACCCGGGCGGAGCUGCACAGGCGGUGGCAGGCCUCUCCUUCCCCUCGGGCAUCUUUGCGGGAACCAGGAUCAGUCCAGAAGCUCUGGUGCAGAGCCUGCGGUUCGAGGAGAGUGCAGAUGUUCCAGCAGCAGUGAGGAAAGAGCCCGAAGAGAAGAAGAGCAAGUCGAAGAAAGAGAAGAUGAAGGAGAGGCGGGAGCGCUGGCUCAGCAAGAUCAGCAGCAUCAUCCAGACCAAGGAGCGGCAGAGGGCCGAGGCUCAGAGGAGAGCCACGCCGGUGGUGGGAGACAUGCGGCCGCUGGCCGACGCCCUGCCCGAGCUGGGCCUGCUGAUCACGCCCGCCGCCGCCGCCGCCGCCGGCCCUGCCGCUCGCCGCAAGAGCAGGAAGACCAAACCGGUGAAGAGAGCCACGCCCACCGACUUCAGCCAGAUGAAACCCGCCCACAAACGCAAACUCCUGGAGGCGGAGAGCAGCCUCUUCUCGGACUCGCUGAAGACUCUCUCCACUAAAACCAACCCUCUGCUGGACAUCGGAGAGCAGCUGAGGAAGAGGAUGAGGCAGGAGGAAGAGCAGCGGCCCAGCUAGCAGCCCGACCGCCACCGCCGAGCGCAGCCAGCCUCGUCUGAGCCGGGAGGUGAAGCGGUGACCCCUCGCUCCGGACGCAGACGGAACGUGGUCGUCUCCGGACGGAGGAGCGUCAGAUGGACAGGAGUCUGUGCUCCAUGUGUUCUGAUCCCAGCCUCCAGCAGACUGAAGCCAUGAAUCCAUCGUCUGCGGUGACAACGUGAACAUCCGACCCUCUCAGCACACGCAGAAGAGCAUCGCCUGUCUGAAGAUAUAUUUUCUUAUUCUGGAUUAUUCCUAAAGACGCAAUUUCUAAAUGACUGCUCUCAGCUCUAAUCCCGAGUCACAUUAUAGAAGAUGAAGUUAAAAAGAAAGAGUUGUAUUGACACAUCUUCCAUAAAGAGUGGAAGUUUUUCAUCUUUUCAGUUGUUUGAUGAAGCUGUAAAAUGACGGGCCCUGUUCUGAUCCAGGUUCAAGUGGAGGAAGUGAAGAACCUGCUGCUGGUUUAACCUUCACUUGUUAAACAAUUAAAAC